GAACGCAUCGAGGUUACGGAGCCGGGAAGAGAGGCGAAUGGGUGGAGGCCCGCAGAAAGGAGUCGAGUUUCCGGACCAUAUGUGGGUCGGAGCGCAUCUCUCGAUGAGCCCAUCACAUGCGGCUGUCAUUGCUCGGGCGGAUGCCAUCGGCAUGACGGCGCUGGCUCUCUUUACCGCCUCCCCACGGACGUGGGCGCACCCAAAGAUUACCGAAGAAAAGGCAAGAUCAGCACGCCAGGCCUUGGUAGACGCCCAAGGCAUCGAUGGCGAGCGAGUCCUUGUCCAUGGCGCGUACCUGACCAACAUUGCCCACCCCGACGAGGCUAAGCGGGCAAAGUCGCUCGACCUGCUGGUGGCCGAGCUCGACGCCGUCGGUGCUCUCGGCUUUGGCGCCCUCAACAUACACCCGGGCGCAGCGCUUGGUGCGCCACUUGACGAGGCCGUCGACAGGGUUGCUGCGGCUGCCGUCGAUGCCCUUGCUCGCUGUGCCUUUCCCCACGUUAAGCUUGUCUUCGAGUCGACCGCCGGCGGCGGCUCGUUCCUCGGCGCAACCUUUGAGGAGCUCGCCGCCAUCCGCCACGGCGCCAUUGCCCAUGAGCCUAUGCUUGCCCCGCGCCUGGGAAUUUGUCUCGACACUGCCCACAUGUGCGCCGCAGGCUACGAUGUUGCAGGCGACAUCGCUGGCGUCUUGGCUGAGUUUGAAUCGGUCUGCGGCGCGGGCGUCCUCGCUGGCAUGCACCUCAACGACUCGGUCCACCCGCGUGGCUCGCGCAAGGACCGUCACGCUCAGCUCGGCCAUGGCCACAUCGGUGCGGAUGCAUUUGUCGAACUUCUGGCACUCCCGAUGGUCGCCCGCGUGCCUCUCAUCCUGGAGACGCCGAACAAGACCAUGCCGCGCGACCUCGAGCUCCUCGCCGCUGCUGCUGCUGCUGCGAGCCUCUAGCACGGCAGCCUGCUCCCGCCUCGCAUGGUGUGCGCUUAGACUUUAAAGAUCUCGACCACCC